UCCUCAGUCCGUGCGUUACGCGUCCGGUAGCAACGCGGCGGCCCGUCCUCGGUGCACUCGGUCACGUGCAACCACGCGAGACUACGGCUAUCUUCGAACCGGGAUGUCGGACCAGUUGCCGGUUUCACUGAGCAGCUCGCGAUCCGCUUCGAGGCCUUGAGAUAUGAGAUAUUUCUUCGGGGAUUUCCGAGCAGGUGGAUCAAUGACCGCGACAAAAUGGUUGAUCAACAAAAAGCGAUUCUAAUGGUGUUAAUAGCUCUCGUGAUUUAUCCAAACGAUAUUUUUGGCGGCGCUUUCGCACCCGAAUUCGCUGGUCCUAUCAUGAAUCUAACGGUACCACUCGGAAGGGACGCAGUUUUUACGUGUCUGGUCAAACAUUUGGGGGGUUACAGGGUUGGCUGGUUGAAAGUGGAAACUAAAGCGAUCCAGGCGAUCCACGAUCAUGUAAUAACUCACAACAGCAGGGUCUCGGUGUCUCAUAGCGAUCAUACCAUGUGGAAUCUUCAUAUAAAGAACGUGCAGAAGGAGGACGAAGGACUCUACAUGUGCCAGAUUAACACCGAUCCCAUGAAAAGUCAGGUUGGCUGGUUGAAAGUGGAAACUAAAGCGAUCCAGGCGAUCCACGAUCAUGUAAUAACUCACAACAGCAGGGUCUCGGUGUCUCAUAGCGAUCAUACCAUGUGGAAUCUUCAUAUAAAGAACGUGCAGAAGGAGGACGAAGGACUCUACAUGUGCCAGAUUAACACCGAUCCCAUGAAAAGUCAGUUGUUACAACCUAGAACGCUUUCAGCAACUAGUAAAAUAGUCGGAAUCGCAGCUUUCUGCGUACAGCUUAGUUGGCCAGUACGGAUCGGCUGCGAGUCGAGAAACUUGGUGAAAUAA